CUGGUUACAAAGUGGUGUUAGACCUGUGAAGAGAUUAACCACUCCACAUGAUUUCGCUUUUGUAUUCCUCCGAGAUUACAUGUAGGCUGCUAUACAUGUGACCAGUGACCAGGUAUACUGUUAUAUUCUGUACGCAACUGGAUGUCUGGUCCAGGUAACCACAGAAGACAACUCACAGGUAGACGGAUAACUGAGACUUGAAACAUAAAACUAUAUUCAUCAUGGCAGAAAACAUCGUCGUACCUAUACUUGAAAUACGAGAGGAAUUCGCCACGUGUGAAAUCUGUCUGGAUAAUUUUGAUGACGGAGUUAGAACUCCGAGAACUCUACCCUGCCUCCAUACCUUUUGUUGUGAAUGUCUCGAAAAAAUGUGGAGAGCAGUUGCAUACUGGGUGAAAUGUCCCAAGUGCCGAAAGCUUUGGCCGGUCCAAGGUUCCAUCAAAUCCUCAUUUCAGGCAAAAUAACAUGUUGAUGCACAUGGCUGAAUAUAUUUGUUUUAAGAAAAAGCUCGGGGAUGUGCUGUGUAACCAAUGCCCUGAUAAUAAAGCCACUGUCCGGUGUCUAGAGUGUGAGAGAUACCUUUGUGAGACCUGUGACAGAUGGCAUGGAAUCUUUUUAGAAAAACACAAGCCCGUUCCUUUAACAGAAUUAGUUCACACACCACGAUCAUUUCUGAAAAAACCCAGCAUGUGUCCAGUUCAUGGUGACAAGAAUAUUGAUGUAUACUGCAAGGAUGAGACGUGUGAGAAAGCAAUGUGCACUACUUGUGCCCUCUUGUCUCACAAAGAGCACAAUAUUUGUGACCUCAGAGAAUUUUGUGAUGCCAACAAGAAGAAAAUCAGUUCCUCAUUAGAAGUUCUGAAGAAAGCACCAGAAUUACGCACAGAAUACAAAAGCAAGCUUGCAGAGCAGAAUGCUAAGCUAGAUAAAAUACAAGAGCAGGUUAUGAAGGAUAUUGAUGAACAUUCCAGAAAACUUGUGGAAAACGUUGAAAGUACUUCAAUGAACCUGAAAAAAAAGAUUGUGAAAUAUGUAGCUAAACAAAAGGCCAAGAGAGAUGAACAACUUGCGCUGGUCGAUAAGUCAGCAGAGCUGAAAGCAGAACACGUAUUGUAUUGUCAGCAGGUGCUGUCAUUUGCCCGAGACGUGGAAUUUGUUGAGAUGGUCAAAUCAUUGGAGAAGAAAGGUAAAUCACUCAUGGAAGACUUGCCAGACCUGCAGGUAGAGAAUGUAUUUCUUAAUACAGAGACAUACAAAAGAGCAGAGCUGAGCAUUGGGCAGAUCUCGAUACAAGCAGGUAAGAACCAUGCACGUGAUGUGGGUGCUGAGCAAAGUGCUAUCUAG